AUGCGCGCAAUUGCGCAACUCGUCCAUGCCUCCUUCCGCAACGUAGAGCGCGCCGCCGACUGGCUCACGGGCGCCGCCGGGCCCGUGUUCAUCGCCAUCUGCCUCACGCUCGUCAUCGGCGGCAUAUGGACGUUUUUCAGCACAAUGUUCGUCGAGCUCGCACCGCUCCCACCCGAACUCGCCAAUCUGCUACACACCUAUUCGCCCGCACACAUUGCGCUCGGCCUCGUGCCCACGUUCUUCGACUCGGCCGUCAAGGAUCCGCUUGCCACCCUCCGCUUCUUUGUCUCGCUGAUCGCGUGCCUCUACAUCGUCUACAGCAUCGGAUGGCACUACUACAUGGCGUGUACCGUCUCUCCGGGUACUGUGUGCGACGGGCUGGGCGAUGCGGUGCCUGAGCGGAGGAGUGGGCCGGGAAGCAGCAUCUGGUGGGCAAGGUUUCGCGCUAGGGCGGCGCGCGCAUCGGGUCCCAAGCUCGCGCAUCUUGACUUGACGCAUCCCGAGCUGGCUACGCAUGGCCCGCCAGAGCCGGCCGCGCCUGUCAGAGUGUCGUCCGUGGCAGAUCUGAGGAAGCUUAACAAGGCGCUCGACGGGCUCGACACCAACAGGGCCAGGUCCGCAUCCGUCACCGCAUCGCGCUCGUCGUCCGAACGUCUCCCGCCCGUCGCGGGCGCCUCGCUCUCGUCGUCCCAUCGCUCCUCGUCCAGCAGCGAAGCAGGCACCCCACGCAUCCCUCGCAGCGACCUGCCGCUCUCCAUCCACGACGUCAACCCCAUGGUCGCCUCGCCUGCCGCCCUGGCCGAUGUCGAGCCCUCGUCCAACCCGCUCUUCCCGCCACUGGCCAAGCAGGACCUCGACACGGAUGUGGAUGGGGAAGAGGUGGAUCAGGACGACGAGGACGUGUUUCCGCUCGCAGGCAUGUGUCGCAAGUGCACCACCAUCCCGCUCGUCCGCGCGCUCGCCGUGCUCCCACCCGAGCUGCGCAAGGUCGAAAAGCAGCUGCGCACCGCCCCGCCCUCGCAGACCUUCACCUCGAAGCUCGCGCCCGAAGACGUCGACGAGGGCGAGGCCGAGGUGCGCGCGUGGCUCGGCGAUGCGGCGGCCGAAAAGCUCGUGGCGCCGCCCAAGCCCGAACGCGCCCAUCACUGUAGGACGUGCAAGACGUGCACGCUCAAGUUCGACCACCACUGUCCCUGGCUCAACCAGUGCGUGGGGCUGGGCAACGAGCGCUACUUUGUGCUGUUUAUGGCGUGGCUCAGCACGGGAUGCGGCGUGGUGCUCUUCUCCGGCUGGAACGUCAUGCGCGCUAGUUUGAGCUGGAGCGCCAACUGGCCGUAUCCGUAUACCCCGCGCGUGCUCGUCAUGCUCCUCUUCAUCCUCGCGCUCGUCAUGGGCGCCGCACUCGGCGUCAUGGCUGCCUGGCAACUCAUCCUCGUCGCGCGCGGUGAAACUAGCGUCGAAUCCCAAGACAACACGCACUAUCGAGAGCUGGCGAGCAAGCGCGGCGUCGAAUUCAUCAACGUCUACGACGUUGGGUGGAGACGCAAUCUGCAGCUCUUCUUCAACAUCGGUCCGGAUUCACCCUAUGUAUGGUAUACGGUGCUGCUGCCUGUGCGUGUGCCGCCGUAUUCGGACGGAUGGCACUUUGCAAAGCGCCGUGGCCUCGGUGGCAAACAUACCGGCAUCGAUCUGCAGGAACACCUCACCGAUGAGGAGUUUGAAGACGACCACUACCAGCCCCAACCGCCGGCCACCUCUUCCUAG